GUCGUUUCUCGCCUACGGCGAGAUUUAGUUUCACUGGAACAUUUCACUGGUUUCCAUCAAAAAACGAGAAUGGCAAACCCGCAAGUCUCUCGCUUCGCUUGCUUGAAAAUCGAGGAUGAUGAAGAUGACACCAGGGAGGAAAAGGCACAGGGCACGUCCCAGAACAACAGGCAGGCCGCCAGUGCUAAGAGCAAGAAAGGGAAGAAGAAAAAGAAGCAAAGCGACAGCGGCGUUACAAACGAAGCAGUUUAUAAAGAGUGCCCAAUAUGCAUGGAGUUCCUGGAUCGUGACGGGCGCCGUUUCUUCCCCUGCCCCUGUCGGUACCAAGUUUGUGGAUUUUGCUGGCACAGAAUUCUGAAUGAGGGUGAUAGCAGGUGUCCGUCCUGCCGUAGUGUGUAUGCACGUUCCCCCUGCAAACCCACUCCCCAGCUGCGCAACUUGGCCUUUGGACUAAAGAGUGGAGCCAAGCCCAAGCCAGCACCUGCAGCAGCAGCUACAACACCUGCACAAGCACCUCCAAUAGGAAGUGGUGACACAACAACCCACGGUCCAAAUGUAACAGCCUUGCCCAUUGGUGGUGGCGGUGCCCAUGUGUCAAGUACUCAUACUAGGAAUGGAGAGGCAGCCCACCAAUGGGAAGAGUGGAAACUAAAGGAUGCACAGUUUACAGACCAUACUUUUGAAGAUGACUUGCAGAAAGCCAUUAUGAUGAGCAAGCUGGAAUAUGAACAACAAAGAUUGUUUUACGACGACCCAGCCUUAAAGGCAGCUUUAGAAGAGGACAAAGGUCCAAACCGGAAAGAGAGAAGGAAACAUCUACAGGGGAAGGACAAGCCUGUCACCAUGUCCUUAGAUCAGUUUCAGGCAGUGGCAGAUGCGGAAGAAGACUUGAGAACAGUAGUACCACAGGCAGUUGUCCAGAGGACAGAACCAGAGGUCAAAGAGCAUAAAAGCAAGAAAAAGAAAUCCCCCGCAGCCGAGGAAGAUGGAAAGUUCUUUGACAAAGUAGAGCAGGACGCGAAGAAACUACUCAACAUCGAGAGAAGAAAGGAGGAACUUAGAAUGUCUUCUAAAUCUUGUGAUCAUGGAGGAGGAGCUGGCAUCAGGGUUGCUGAGAUGCAGGUAGAACUAGAAGCAAAAGACUUGGAGAUGGCGGAACUCAAAGAAGAGAUGACAAAAUUAAAGAGUGACCACCUGCAGGUCAAGAAAAGGAAUAAGCAGUUGCUGGUAAUUCUGGCUCAGGGAGAAAUGAAAGACAAGGCUGAGGUGCUACAACAGGUGGAUGACUUGAGUCAGAUCAGAGAUGAGCUAACACAGGAGGUUGCAGAACUCCACGCAGCACUAGAGCAGGAGAGGUCAAAGGUCAGCACGCUCAAAGCCGAACUUCUGAAAUAUCAAAAACAUGGAAAGUGAAAAAGAGGAGUCUGAGGGCUGAAAUGUCUUCCAGUGAGCUGACUGACUGCUGCUUAUGGUUCCUUCUGCCUUCUUUGGUAGAUAAUGAAGUUCUGGUUGUCAUUUCCAUUUGACUGUUACGUACAAUGUGUGAACAUGGCCUUGGUAAGAAAUCUUUGUGCAUUGUGUCACUGAAAACACUUGACAGUACUUUUUUACACAACAUUUUUCAGAAAUUUGAUAUCUUUUUUGCCCUGCUAUGGCAUCAUAAGUUACUAUGAAUCUGCAUUUGUUGCAUUUUGCUGCAAUGUGACGCAUUCAUGUGAGAAAUACCCCCCAAUCACCUUGUAUAAGUCAAUACAUCAUAACAUUUACCUAUAUUUCCAAUCUUCUACUUUUUAGUUUUAGUAUACUCUCUAGGGUCAGCUCCCUGCCAAAAGGACUGUACCCACACAUAUUCUGUCUGUUAUUUGAAUAUGAUUGGGUGAACCUGAUUGGUGGUAUGGGGUCAUCCAACCCGCCCACACACGGCAGUUGAAUUGCUCAUUAUGUAAUGGACAGAUAGAAUAUGUGUGGUUUGACAUUGUGUGUACCUUCAUCGAAGUAUCACACUGCCUCUGUGUCAACCCAGUGUCAUCAGAGAUAUUUUUCCAAUGCAAUAGCCAAACAUGAACUUCUAUUCUAAAGCAAUUCCAUGCUACAUGUAAUGUUCUGUACUAUUGUUCUAUAUGCAUGUACUGUCUGGUCUAGUCUAUGUUGUUAUGGCAAUGAUAUUGUGUACCCCCUGUGCUUGCAAUUUAUAUUGGUCAUCAUGUAGACCUGAUAUUCUGUUGAAGAAAUGUUCAUCUUUUACAUGGUACAACAGUAAUGGAUUUCAGUCCUCACAUAUACUCGAAUGUUCAAACUGUGCAAUUAUACAAAAAAGCAAUAGUUUUUUUCUUUUCCUGAGUGGGAAACAUGAACUGGUAUAGACCAUGUACACUUAAACUGACAACUUUUUGCUACGUGGACAUGGAAUCAAUUUUCAGAAUGGACCCCACAACAUACAUGUACACAGUAAUUGUUUAUCGUGUAUGAACAUCCAUUUGGUUAACUAUCCAGUGACGUGUUGUGUUUGAGAUUCCUGUUUGAUGAAAACAGGUACAUGUAGAAUGUUAUGAAGUUCAAAUAGUUGAUUAACACUGUUAUUUAAGCACCAUUGUUUUACCACUGAUGUUGUUUCUUGUUUACACUAACAGUAACUUUCUCGAUGUAUGUAUGUUUUAUGUUAGAAGAGUUCCUGAG